AUGCUGGUUGGAGCACACUUGCAGCGUGGAACCAACAUGCUGCCUGGAGCCCACAUGCUACGUGGAGCCCACAAUGUGCCUGAAGUCUACAUGCUGCCUGAAGCCCACUUCCUGCCUGGAGCACACUUGAUUCCCGGAGCCCACUUACUGCCUGGUGCCUACUUGCUUCCUGGAGCCAACAUGCUGCCUGCAGCCCACAUGCUGCCUGAAGCCCACUUGCUGCCUGGAGCACACUUGCAACCUAGAGUCCACAUGCUGCCUGAAGCUCACUUGCUGCCUGGGGUCCACAUGCUGCGUGGAGCCCACAAUGUGUCUGAAGCCCACAUGCUGCCUGGAGUCCAAAUGCUGCCUGAAGCCCACGUGCUGCCUGAAGCCCACUUCCUGCCUGGAGCACACUUGAUACCCGGAGCCCACUUGCUGCCUGGUGCCUACUUGCUGCCUGGAGCCAACAUGCUGCCUGCAGCCCACUUGCUACCUGGAGCCCACAUGCUUCCUGAAGCCUACUUGCUGCCUGGAGCAAACUUGCUGCCUGGAGACCACAUGCUUCCUGGAGCCUACAUGCUGCCUGGAGCCCAAAUGCUGUCUGGAGCCCACAUGCUGCCUGCAGAAGCCCACUUGCUGCCUGGAGCCCAAUUGCUAGACCACAUGUUGCCUGGAACCCACAUGCUCAUUAGAGCCCACAUGUUUCCUGGAUCCCACUUGCUGCCUGGAGCCCACAUGCUGCCCAGAGCCUCUUGGUUCCUGGAGCCCACAUGCGGCCUGGAACCCACUUGCUUCCUGGAGCCCACUUGCUGCCUGCAGCCCACUUGCUGCCUGGAGCCCACUUGA